CGGUCAUGGGAUGAACAUCGGAUAUCGUGCAUACGCGUUAUCUCUGGCGCCCAACACUUUUAAGCAUAUUUCUCACACGCAUUCUCUCUCUUUCUCUCUCUGUCUCUCGCACUCGCUCGCUCGUUCUGUCUUUCUGCUUCUUUCUCUCUCAGUCAGCCCAAGUUCUAGGCGCGCGCCCUGCAAAUAAACAACAACAACAACAACAACAACAACAGCAGCGACACUGAAAGAAAUAAGCGCAAUAAAAACAAAACGACAAAAAUAAACAAAACAUUAAGAACACGAGUUGAGAUAACUUAAAUAUUGUAUUGAAUUCAUUUGCCUUGCCAAAUUUGUUGUUGCCGUUGCCGUUGCCGUUGCCGUUGCCGUUGCCGUUGCCUAAUUGCCCAAAUAUGUGGCUCACCGAUUGCGGCACGAUGACACGCUACAAACAGACCGAAUUUACGGAAGAUGAUUCAAGUUCAAUUGGCGGCAUACAGCUUAACGAGGCGACCGGCCAUACCGGCAUGCAGAUACGCUAUCAUACGGCGCGGGCUACCUGGAACUGGCGCUCGAGAAACAAAACUGAAAAAUGGCUGCUGAUUACAACGUUCGUCAUGGCUGUUGUCAUCCUAACGCUGCUCACCAUGAUUCUGUCGAAUAGCUCCGAUAAUACCAACCACGUGGUGCACGUUCAACCGCACAAGAAGGAUUGCUUAAUGGCCGACGAGUUGCCCUGCCUGAACGAGCACUGCAUCUUUGCAUCGAGCGAGAUUUUGAAGUCCAUAGAUGCCAGCAUCGAUCCCUGCGAUGACUUCUAUGGCUAUGCUUGCAAUCAAUGGAUCAAGAACAAUCCCAUACCGGAGGGCAAGUCCACUUGGGGCACAUUCGGUAAGCUGGAGCAGAUGAAUCAGCUGAUCAUACGCAACGUUCUGGAGAAGCCAGCGAAAACGUUCAAGUCGGAGGCCGAGCGCAAGGCCAAGGUCUACUAUGAAUCGUGUCUGGAUGUGGACGAGCACAUGGAGAAGCUGGGCGCCAAGCCAAUGAUUGACUUGCUCAAGCAAAUCGGUGGCUGGAACGUAACGGACACCGGCUUCAAUGUGACCACCUGGAAGCUGGGCAACACCCUCAAAAUACUGCACAACAAAUACAAUUUCAAUUGCUUGUUUGGCUGGGCGAUUGGCGAGGAUGACAAGAACUCGACACGCCAUGUCAUACAGAUUGAUCAGGGCGGCCUGACGCUGCCCACCGCCGACUACUACAACAACAAGACGGACAUACACCGCAAGGUGCUCAGCGAGUACAUCGAGUACAUGACCAAGGUCUGCGUGCUGCUUGGCGCCAACGAGACCAUGGCACGCAUCCAAAUGGAGGCGGUCAUCAACUUUGAGAAGAAGCUGGCCAACAUUACCAUACCUAUGGAGGAUCGACGCAACGAGGAGGCCAUGUACCAUCCCAUGAAGCUCAAGGAGCUGAUUGAGCUGGCACCGUUCCUCAACUGGACCGACCACUUCGACAAUGCCAUGCAAAUGGUGAACAGGCGCGUCACAGACGACGAAGUGGUCGUCGUCUAUGCGCCCGACUUCCUCAAGAAUCUCUCCAACAUCAUCAUGAACAUGCAGCAAACGGACUCUGGCAAAAUAACGCUGAACAACUAUCUGACUUGGCAGGCUGUGCGCACGCUGACCAGCUGCUUGUCGAAACCCUUCCGGGAUGCGUACAAGGGCGUGCGCAAGGCGCUGAUGGGCUCCGAUGGCGGCGAGGAGGUGUGGCGCUACUGCGUCUCCGAUACGAACAAUGUGAUUGGCUUUGCAGUGGGCGCCAUAUUCGUGCGUCAGGCAUUCCACGGCGUUUCCAAGCCAGCGGCGGAGCGAAUGAUUGCCGAGAUACGCGAGGCCUUUAAAAUGAACUUACAGAAUCUCAGCUGGGUGGACAAGCAGACGCGUGAGCGCGCCAUUGAGAAGGCCAACGAGAUCUCGGACAUGAUCGGCUUUCCCGACUACAUACUCAACGCCGAGGAGCUGGACAAGAAGUACGACGAGCUGAAUAUCACGGCGAAUGCCUACUUCGAGAACAACAUCCAGGUGGCCAUCUACAAUCUGAAGAGCAAUCUGAAGCGUUUGGAUCAGCCGGUGAACAAGACCAACUGGGGCAUGACGCCGCAAACGGUGAAUGCCUACUAUACGCCCACCAAAAAUCAAAUAGUCUUUCCCGCCGGCAUCCUGCAGACGCCCUUCUUCGACACCAACAAUCCCAAGAGCCUGAAUUUCGGCGCCAUGGGCGUGGUCAUGGGCCACGAGCUGACCCACGCCUUCGAUGAUCAGGGGCGAGAGUACGAUAAGUUUGGCAACAUCAACCGCUGGUGGGAUGCCAAGAGCAUCGAGCGCUUCAACGAGAAGGCCGAGUGCAUUGCCAACCAGUACAGUGGCUACAAGCUCAACGGACGCAAUCUGAACGGCAAACAGACGCUGGGCGAGAAUAUAGCGGACAAUGGUGGCCUGAAGGCGGCCUAUCAUGCCUACAUGAGGACCAAGCUCGACAAGAAGGCGGAUAUCCUGAAGCUGCCCGGCUUGAACUUGACGCAUCCUCAGCUCUUCUUUGUCUCCUUUGCACAGGUCUGGUGUUCGAGCACCACAGAUGAAACCAACUUGCUGCAAAUGGAGAAGGAUCCGCAUUCGCCCUCACAGUUCCGGGUGAUUGGAACGCUGUCCAACAUGAAGGAGUUCGCUGAUGUUUUCAAGUGCAAGCCCGACACGCGCAUGAAUCCGACCAAUAAAUGUGAAGUCUGGUAAAGCUAUCAGCUCUAAACUCAGAUCUCACAGUCUGCUUUUAAACUAUAACCAAGACGAGGUAGUUUAAAUAUUAAAUAUUUUAUCGAACCGCCGCUCAAACAACAACAACAACAACAACUAUAACUUGUCUAUGUAGCUUACGUCGUUUCGAAUGUGUGCUAAAUGUUUUUGUUGCCAAUUCAUGGGCUUGCAUGCUGAUAAGAGAGAUAAUGGACUAUCAUAAAGUCGUGGGCGUGCCAUUGCCAAUAUGUGUUGAGCCUUUUUGGUCUGAUAGUUCGAUAACUUUUUGCAAGUCCAUUUAGAAUACCUGCGGCUAGCCGUGGCGCGUUUUGAUUUAUAUUAUUUAGUACUAAAGAAAACAUAGAAAACGUCAGUCAUUGUGCCUAAGGAAACGUGAAAGAUAUUCUGACGAUAAGCCUAUUGCAUACUUUUGGUAACGGGCCGAGCCCGCUCCACAGCCGAGACUUAAACGAUAGCGAAAUGAACAAGAGAAACUUUCCAAUUGCGCAGCA